CGCCGCCGCCGCCGCGGUGCAGCACCUCCAGCUUCAGAGGGAAGGAGGCCGCGGCCUGGGCCGAGCCUGGAGCCGCCGCUAGCCGCCGCUAGCCGGAGCCUCCUGGAGCCCCCGCGCCGGCUCAACCUGGGGGCGGGCUCAGGCCCGGCCCGCCGCCGAGCCCAGGACCGAGGCCGCAUGCCCGAGGACCAGGCUGGCACAGCCAUGGAGGAGGCAUCUCCCUAUUCCUUACUUGAUAUCUGCUUGAAUUUCCUGACUACACAUCUUGAGAAGUUCUGUUCAGCAAGACAAGAUGGAACAUUGUGUUUGCAAGAACCUGGAGUAUUCCCACAGGAAGUGGCUGAUCGACUGCUUCAGACCAUGGCCUUUCAUGGUCUCCUGAAUGAUGGAACUGUAGGUAUUUUUAGGGGCAACCAGAUGCGCUUAAAGAGAGCUUGCAUUCGCAAAGCCAAGAUCUCUGCUGUUGCUUUUCGCAAAGCCUUCUGCCAUCACAAGUUAGUGGAACUUGAUGCGACAGGUGUGAAUGCUGACAUCACGAUUACAGACAUCAUCAGCGGGCUUGGCAGUAAUAAAUGGAUCCAGCAAAAUCUCCAGUGCCUGGUGCUGAAUUCAUUAACUCUGUCCCUUGAAGAUCCUUAUGAGCGGUGCUUCAACCAGCUUUCUGGCCUUCGAGCAUUAAGCAUCACCAACGUUCUCUUUUACAAUGAAGACCUGGCUGAAGUUGCCUCAUUGCCAAGAUUAGAGAGCCUGGAUAUUUCUAACACCUCAAUCACAGACAUCACGGCUCUGCUGGCCUGCAAAGACCGACUCAAGUCUCUAACCAUGCAUCACUUAAAAUGUUUAAAAAUGACAACUACUCAGAUACUGGAUGUUGUUCGAGAACUAAAAUACCUGAAUCAUCUUGAUAUAUCAGAUGAUAAACAAUUUACAUCAGACAUAGCCCUUCGAUUAUUAGAACAAAAAGAUAUCCUACCCAACCUGGUCUCCUUGGACGUUUCUGGGAGAAAGCAUGUGACAGAUAAAGCUGUUGAAGCCUUUAUACAACAACGGCCCAGUAUGCAGUUCGUAGGUUUGCUGGCCACUGAUGCUGGUUACUCUGAAUUCCUCACAGGCGAAGGGCAUUUGAAGGUGUCUGGAGAAGCCAACGAAACUCAGAUUGCAGAAGCAUUGAAGCGGUACAGUGAACGAGCAUUCUUUGUCCGGGAAGCUCUAUUUCAUCUUUUUAGUCUGACUCAUGUGAUGGAAAAAACAAAGCCAGAAAUUUUAAAGCUUGUGGUCACUGGGAUGAGAAACCACCCUAUGAAUUUACCAGUGCAACUUGCUGCAAGCGCCUGUGUAUUUAAUUUAACCAAGCAGGAUCUUGCUGCAGGAAUGCCUGUCAGACUCCUGGCUGAUGUGACCCACUUGCUGCUGAAAGCUAUGGAACAUUUUCCUAAUCACCAGCAGUUGCAGAAGAAUUGCCUCCUUUCACUUUGCAGUGACCGGAUCCUUCAAGAUGUUCCAUUUAACAGGUUUGAAGCAGCUAAGCUUGUCAUGCAGUGGCUCUGCAACCAUGAGGAUCAAAACAUGCAAAGGAUGGCAGUUGCUAUCAUUUCCAUUCUGGCUGCCAAGCUUUCUACAGAACAAACUGCACAGCUUGGUGCUGAGCUCUUCAUUGUGAGGCAACUUCUUCAAAUAGUGAAGCAGAAAACCAAUCAAAAUUCGGUGGAUACUACUUUGAAAUUUACUUUGAGUGCACUUUGGAACCUCACAGAUGAAUCUCCAACCACUUGCAGACACUUUAUUGAAAACCAAGGGUUAGAACUCUUCAUGAGGGUUCUAGAGUCUUUUCCAACUGAGUCAUCCAUUCAACAGAAAGUUCUAGGACUUUUGAACAAUAUAGCUGAAGUACAAGAAUUGCAUUCUGAAUUAAUGUGGAAGGAUUUUAUAGACCACAUCAGUAGUCUCCUACAUAGUGUGGAAGUGGAAGUCAGUUACUUUGCAGCAGGAAUUAUUGCCCAUUUAAUAUCUAGAGGUGAACAAGCUUGGACAUUGAGCCGUAGCCAGAGAAAUUCUCUUCUGGAUGAUCUGCAUUCAGCUAUUUUGAAAUGGCCAACUCCAGAGUGUGAGAUGGUAGCAUACAGGUCCUUUAAUCCAUUUUUCCCAUUACUUGGCUGUUUCACAACACCAGGAGUCCAGCUAUGGGCAGUUUGGGCCAUGCAACAUGUCUGCAGCAAGAAUCCCUCCAGGUAUUGCAGCAUGUUGAUUGAAGAAGGAGGAUUGCAGCAUUUAUACAACAUCAAAGAACAUGAACAGACUGAUCCCCAUGUCCAACAGAUUGCUGUGGCCAUUCUGGACACUUUAGAAAAACACAUUGUACGCCAUGGGAGACCACCUCCCUGUAAAAAACAACCCCAGGCCAGACUAAAUUGAUAGCCAUAGGCAACUGAAUAAUUGAAUCACAGGCAUCCUUUUUGUGAUAGGCUCAUUAGGAGUAUCUUCUGUGAUGUUUUGGGGUUUCUAUAACAAGAGUCUUAGAUCGGUUUGGGAUUGAUGCUGUACAGUACUGCCCAUGUGAACAGUCUCUAAUUUGUUUUGUGAUUUUUAACUUAUGAGGUAAGAAGGGUCUCUUCCUUCAUCAUUGCUUUUUAGAAAAAUUUCCACAUCUUUCAGUGUUUGAACUUACCUGUGCUUGAAAUUCUACAGUUUUAUGAUAAAGUUUGCACGAACCCUUAGGCCAGACUUUUCUGACCUUAAAGACCCUUCUAAUCAGUUUGCAGUUUCAGAUAAGCUGUUAACCUGAUUUCUGAAACUGCUUCAGUUGUAAAUUUUAUAAUGCUUGUAUAAAAUGCCUUUAUUCUC